AUUCUCCAUAAUCUCACUCUCUUAGAAAUCCAACCAGCACUCCUACCCUCUGACACCAUGGUCAACUCCUGUUGUGGCUCUGUCUGCUCUGAGCAAGGUUGCUGCCAGCCCAGCUGCUGCCAGACCACCUGCUGCAAAACCACCUGUUGCCGCCCCAGCUGCUGUGUGUCCAGCUGCUGCAGACCUCACUGCUGUCAGUCAGUGUGCUGCCAGCCCACCUGCUGCCGCCCCUCCUGCUGCAUCUCUAGCUGCUGUCAUCCCUCUUGCUGUGGCUCCAGCUGCUGCCAGCCCUGCUGCCGGCCCUGCUGCCAGCCUUGCUGCCGCCCCUCUUGCUGCAUCUCUAGCUGCUGUCGUCCCUCUGGCUGUGGCUCCAGCUGCUGCCAGCCCUGCUGCCGCCCCUCCUGCUGCAUCUCUAGCUGCUGUCGUCCCUCUGGCUGUGGCUUCAGCUGCUGUGGCUCCAGCUGCUGCCAGCCUUGCUGCCGGCCCUGCUGCCGGCCCUGCUGCUGCCUGCGCCCAGUGUGUGGCCAGGUCUCCUGCCACUCCACUUGCUACCGCCCCACCUGUGUCAUUUCCACCUGCCCCCGUCCCAUGUGCUGUGCCAUCCCUUGCUGCUAAGCUCUCUGCCCUGUGACCACCAUGCCAUUUUACUUCAGUCCUUACAGAUAUAGAACCUUUCUGUAUUCUUCCUUAGGACUCUGGUAAAUAUCAUCCAAUGUACUGGCCCUCUUAUUCCAAUGAACUCACCACCAUCCCAUUGAGUCUGGGAGCACAUUCUGGUUCACUCUGAACUCUCUUUCUUGCUAUCUCCUCCUUUUCAUACUUGUACCAACUAUAGUUUCUCAUCCACAGGCUCAGAGAUUGUUUCAGUCCUCUGAAUUUAUCUCUCUUCCUUAUCACCAAGGUGCUCUACAUGACCUUUCUCUAGGUAUUUUUACAAUCACUGAGUAGUACUGAGUUGACAUUUCUGCUGAGGAUCACUCAGUUGUCCCUUCAGCUAUAGUCAAUUUCUUAUGUUUUGUUUUUCUCUGUUUUCUGGUAAACUUUUAUGCAUAUAAGAAUUCACUAGUUGUUAUGUGGAAAACUGAGAAAUGUUACACAUGUAACAACUAUUUUAUUUUACUGUUGACUAUAAACUAUUAAUCCCUUCAAUAAAGGAAAAAACAAAGAA